AGAUCCACUUCAGAGAUGGGAAAUUCUGGCAGCAGAUCUUUUCAGGAUACCAGCUGAGGUACAAACAUCUUUCUAACACGAAAUGAUGGAAUCUCUAGCAGCUGCAUUAUCGGGAAGUCUCUGCAAGCCAAGCGGCUUGUAAGCCUGAGAUGAUGUUCCCAACGGACUUCCGCGUACCAAGGAUGUAGAGUUCAAGGUACCUGGGUUGUGAAGUGUAGAUCCACCUACGUCGAUAUCCACAAUGACCACAACGCGGUAGAGUCAACCUUCAACGUGCUGAGGUGUAUUCUAAGUCUUCAAUCCUUAUCCUCGAACUUUUCGCUGCGUUGGUUAUCUGGUAAUUCAACCUUUAUCCCCCUUUCUCGAGGAUCAGUCAGUGCAAGUAAACACACUCUUUUGUUGUCAACAUGGCUGCACGAAAUCAACCCCCUCGACUUCAGUUGUCUCGAAAUGCUGCUGGAGAUGAGACUCCAAGCUCACCCAGUUCUGAAUAUGUCAAUCCUUUUGCGGACCCUGAGGGUCUUUCUUCUUCUGGAGCCUCAUCUAUUCGUUCAGGCCAAGUUACAACACCAGCCCAGGUACACUUGCGAGAGCGAGGCGUAGAUGACAUUACUCCCGCUCCAGCUCCUACACAACCACAGGAAGAGUUCAAUGAAAAGAUCGAGUACACUCAACCUCCACCAGGCUUGCCUACUGGAAAGGACCCAGAAAAACAAGGAAAAACACCUGCGCCGGCGUCAGGGAAAAAGAAGAACUUCUUUGCACGACAAUGGGCGGUCUUCCGAGCGACAUAUGCUCCUGUGGAAGAUGCUCCUCUUAUUCUCCCAUCCGGCACCACAGACAAAGAGAAAUACUCGUACCUAAAGACAAAUCGACUGCCUCUCUACAUCAUUGGCGUCUUUUCAUUCCUGAGUUUGUCGGCUGGCAUGUGGCUUUUCGUUAUUACAUCCAAGUACUUCUACUGGUUCGGUUUCUUCGUUGGACUUCUCGAGAUUUAUCUCAUCAUUUCGUACACCAUCACCAUUGUCGGCAAAGACUACGAUUUCGAAGGCCACAAGAAGAUUCUGGCAGAUCAUCCUAUUCUCCCAGAGACUGCGCCUACCGUGGAUAUCUACUUGCCAUGCUGCAAAGAGCCCAUGGAAAUCUUAGCCAACACCUACAAGUACGUCCAAGCCCUUCAAUGGCCAGAAGGCAAAUUGAAAGUCUACGUCUUGGAUGAUGGCGGAAUGGACGCUGUCAAGGAACUUGCAACAAGCUUUGGCUUCAAUUACAUCGUCCGAGAUGAUAGACCUCGCUUGAAGAAAGCUGGCAAUCUUCGCUGGGCCUUCUCUCGCACUCAAGGCGAUUUCUUCACUAUCUUCGAUGCCGAUUUCUGUCCUCGUCCCGACUUCCUCCAUGAAUUGAUUCCUCAGCACCUUGCCGAUCCAAAGACUGCCAUCGUUCAAAGCCCUCAAUUCUUCCGAGUUACAGACAACCAGACUUGGGUUGAGCAGGGCGCUGGCGGUAUCCAAGAACUCUUCUACCGCGUUGUAGAAGUCAACCGCAACCGAUGGGGAGCCUCAAUCUGCGUUGGCAGCAACGCCGUCUAUCGUCGCGAGGCACUCGUUGAAGUUGGCGGUACUGCCGAGAUCGGUUUCUCCGAAGACGUUCACACAGGCUUCUACGCCGUCAACCGCGGAUGGAAAGUAAAAUACGUCCCUCUCUGUCUCGCUUGCGGCGUCUGCCCCGACACUCCUCACGCCUUCUUCUCGCAACAGAUGCGCUGGUGCAUGGGUUCCACCACUCUGCUCACCAACCCCGACUUCUGGCGCUCCAAGCUCUCUAUCGUGCAAAAACUCUGCUACUGCUCAGGCAUGAUGUACUACUCCGCCAUCUCGCUCACCAUCUUCCUCAACCCGCUCCCGGGUAUCCUGCUCCUGUGGGUUCGCCCAGAAUACUUCAAAUACUACAACCUCGCCUUCGCCAUCCCGUCUAUCUUUUACUCCCUCUUCGCGCUGCGCUUUUGGGCUAAGGCAAAGUACUCCCUCAACGUACAAUUCAUCAUGGUGAUCCAAUCCUACGCGUAUUUCACCGCGAUCAAAGACCGGCUGUUCGGACGCGCGCUUGCUUGGGUCCCGUCGGGCGAUAAUGCCGGGCACAAGAAUAAUAAGUUUCGCAAUAUGCGGAUUCUGGCUUGGUGCUGGAUUAUCACGUACCUGGGCGCCCUGGCGGGAGCACUGGUGUAUAGGUGUUUGAAGGAUGAUGAUUUUCAUAUCUACAAUGCGGUGCCGUUGAUGGUGCUGGAUUCGAUGAAUUUGUUCUUCGCGCAUCGGUUUUUGCUUUGUGUCAAGAAGAAGUAGCAGAUGAGUUUGGGGAAGGAGAGGUGAGAGCUGGGAUCUUUGGGGACUCUCCUUUGUUUUGGAUUCUUGUCGUUCGCUCUGCUGGAAAUAUACAUAAUGUUGAUUUUGGGGUAAUUGUUUGGUGGGCAAGGGGAAUAUAGAUAUGGAGUGGAGUAUAGAAGUCAUAUAGAUGGUGCGAGUAAUCAGAGUAAUCUUCAACGAUCAUUUACACAGAGUCUUGGGCUUUCUCUCAACAUUGUUCUCAUACCAUCU